AUGGCCAUUGGCUUACCGGGCAAUCUUGCUAAGCAAAUUCUGCGACGCUCAGGAUCUGGCUCAAACAAAGCAACCUCACGGUUUUCAAAUGUGCCUAAAGGUUUCCUAGCAGUGUAUGUUGGGGAGACGCAGAAGAAGCGAUUUGUAGUUCCUGUAUCAUAUUUGAACCAGCCUGCAUUUCAGGAUUUGCUGACCAUGGCUGAAGAAGAAUUUGGCUUUGAUCAUCAGAUGGGUGGCUUGACAAUUCCCUGCAGUGAAGAGACAUUUACUUAUGUGACCUCCAGCUUGACUAGGUCAUAG